AGGAGGAAGGAAGUACCCGCCGGCCCGCUUCCGGGGCAGCGCUGGCUUCGCCUGCGCCCAGCUGCACCAUGGGACCGCUGCCGCGGACUCUCGAGCUGUUCUACGAUGUGCUGUCCCCCUAUUCCUGGCUGGCCUUCGAGGUCCUGUGCCGUUAUAAGAACAUCUGGAACGUCAGCCUGCAGCUGCGCCCGACCUUAAUUGCCGGGAUCAUGAAAGACAGCGGAAACCGGCCGCCAGCUUUGCUUCCCCGCAAAGCCUUAUACGUGAAAAAUGACGUUAGGCUCCUGGGACAGCAUCUCCAGGUUCCCAUCCACUUACCCAAGGAUUUCUUCUUUGUGGUCUUUGAAAAAGGAAGUUUGACAGCCAUGCGCUUCCUCACCGUCGUGAAACUGGAGCACCCGGAGCUGCUGGAGAAAGUGUCCAGGGAACUGUGGAUGCGCAUCUGGUCACGGGACGAAGACAUCACGGAGCCCCAGAGCAUCCUGGCCGCUGCAGAGAAGGCUGGCAUGUCCACGGGACAAGCCCAGGAACUUCUGGAAAGGGUCUCAACGCCACAGGUGAAGAACCAGCUCAAGGAGACCACUGAGGCAGCCUGCAAAUACGGGGCCUUUGGGCUGCCUGUCACUGUGGCCCACCUGGAUGAUGAAACCUACAUGCUGUUUGGCUCUGACCGGAUGGAGUUGCUGGCACACCUUCUGGGAGAGAAGUGGAUGGGCCCUGUGCCUCCAGCUGUAACUGCCAGACUUUAAGGAAGCCCAGAAGCAGCAGAACUAUUGGUAUAAAAAAGCAGACUAUCUCCUUACCCCUCCUCUACCGUGGGGCCCUGGGACUCUGGUCUCCUGUCUGAUAGAGGUUCCUCUCCGGCCCUGGGGGAUGCCGGGGACGGGCUCGGCAGUACACCAUCUACCAUUAGUCUCACGGCUGCUCUUACUUCUGUGCCUCACGAGUGCCUUUCGAGAGCCCCAAACUCUGCUUCCCACAAAAUAAACGUAAUGCCAUUAGGCAUCAUAUUUCUGGGUC